AUGCCUAAUAACACCAAAAAGUUGCCUAAACCCGAGGAAUUAAGGGAAAAGAAGUAUUGCAAGCCGCACUACACCUUCAACCACUCCAUUACCAACUGUGUCCAAUUUAGAGACCGGAUACAAGAUCUCAUUGUCGAAGGAAAAUUGUUGCUGGAAAAACCGCAGGCUAAUAUGAUGGUUGAUACUGAACAUUUUCCAAAAAUAAACAUGAUCAACUUGACAUGGGCUGAGAAGGGGAAAGGGAAAGCCACUUGGGAGGUGAAGGCAGAAAAGAGGCAAGUCGAUAUGCCAACUAAAGGGGCUAUCAAGUUGCCCGAGAAACCCAAAGUGACCAUAAUCAAAGGAGUGAUGUUGUGUAGUAAAUGCCAACGUGAGUGUGAAUUGGAAGUACCAGCAGCAGGAGCUAUCAUUGAUUAA